AUAUCUCUGUUGUUUUUAGUUUCGAGUUUUCCUUAAAUUUUUGAAACAGUCGCUCGCUCUCGAAAGCCAGCCGUACACUCGGCAACCCCGCGCUUCUCUCUCGUCUCUCCUUCUCUUUCGCUCUUUCUCUCUAUAUCUCUCAUCCAUUCUCCUCUUCUCCCUUCUGGGCUUUUCGUCUUUUGCCUCAAAUCUCAUCCUCCUCCUCGAACCCAUAAGCCCCACCACCCCUGAAAAAUCUUCACCCUUCAUGCCUCUGUUUUCAAAUCUCCUCCUUUCUUUAUCACUUUCUCCAUUCCUCUGCAUUCGUAUUUGAAAGUAUCUUCAAAGUCCAAAAAGCUUUUACGUAUUCUUAAUUCGAAUUCUUGUUCUUUAGGAUAAUUCAAAGUCAGCAUUUUCGUCUCCCAUAUAUUCUCUUUUUGUUGUUUGUGUGGAUUUUGCACGCCGUACUUGUCCGUGGGUUGGAUUGUACCUGAAGGGACUGUGGUCUUCAACUUUAUUGUGUUUGAAUUCUUAUUGUUUUUUCAAUUCUGGGUCAUCGGUCGUUGGUCAUAUACAAUUGUGGAAUCGGGUCGUUUUCUUCGAGUUUACUCUGAUCCAUUCUGUUCUUCCGUUUGGAAUAGAAAAAAGUAAAAAGUGGUUGGUGAUGGGGUGCUUGAGAUUUGGACGUUUGUUUUGUUUAUAGUACUUUCAGAAUAUAAAAGAAGGGAAAGCUGUUCUGAUAACAAAACCUGGUUUCUGGUUUGAGGUCAGCAGUAGAGAAAAUUUGGGUUGUUGUGAUUACCUGAUUAGGUUUCGAUUAGAUCAGAUUCAUUCGGUUUUUUCCUUUCCAUUCAAGGAAUAUGCUUCGUUGGUGAGUUAUAUUGUUAACCAAAGAAGGCUGUGUUCAAUAUUCUCUGUUUUAAGGUUCUUUUUUUUCGUAGAUUAUGAUAGUUUUAUAACAAAUUUUGGCAAAGAUGAUCGUGUUCAUGACAGAAAUUAGAAGUCUGUAGGAUCAUGUUGUUCUAGGAUAACAUUUUGACAGAUUGUUUGUGUGUUUAGAUUCUGUUUCGUUUCGUUUACUGUCUGGUAAUUGGAAUUUUUCUAUUUGGGUUGUUCUGCAUUCAAUGUCGGAAAUGGAUCCAAUGACAAGUGACAAUAUUGAGGAGGUCAAUGUAGAAAAGAAGAUGGAUCACCACGAAGACGGUGAAAAUUCAAAAAUCAAGGGUACUGGAAGUGUUAGUAACAAAGAAAUGAUUUUCAGAGCAGAUAAAAUUGAUUUGAAAAACUUAGAUAUUCAGCUUGAGAAGCAUUUGAGCAGGGUUUGGUCCAAAAUUGAGGACAAAAGGCCUAAAGAAGAGUGGGAGAUUGAUUUAGCUAAAUUGGAUAUAAGAUAUGUUGUAGCUCAAGGGACCUAUGGUACUGUAUACAGGGGUGUUUAUGACGAACAAGAUGUUGCAGUGAAGCUGUUGGACUGGGGGGAGGAUGGUUAUGCCACAGCUGCUGAAACUGCUGCUCUGCGGGCAUCAUUUCAAAAAGAAGUUGCUGUUUGGCACAAGCUUGACCAUCCUAAUGUUACAAGGUUCAUCGGAGCUUCAAUGGGAACUUCUAAUCUUAAGAUUCCUUCAAAAAACUCUUCAAGCGAUGAUCCAAAUUCUCAUCCUGCUAGAGCAUGUUGUGUUGUUGUGGAGUUUCUUGCUGGUGGGACACUAAAACAAUAUUUGAUAAAAAACAGAAAAAAGAAACUUGCCUUGAAGGUUGUGAUCCAACUUGCUUUGGACCUCUCAAGAGGUCUUAGCUAUCUGCAUUCCAAGAAAAUUGUGCAUCGUGAUGUCAAAACAGAAAAUAUGUUGCUGGAUAUCGAUAGAAACUUAAAAAUAGCUGAUUUUGGUGUUGCUCGUGUUGAAGCUCAAAAUCCAAGGGACAUGACUGGUGAAACCGGCACCUUAGGAUACAUGGCUCCAGAGGUUCUGGAUGGUAAGCCAUAUAAUAGAAGGUGCGAUGUCUACAGUUUUGGCAUAUGCUUAUGGGAAAUGUACUGCUGCGAUAUGCCUUACCCUGACCUCAGCUUUGCUGAUGUAUCAUCUGCUGUUGUUCGACAGAACUUACGACCGGAAAUUCCGAGAUGUUGUCCUAGUUCUUUGGCUAGUGUCAUGCGGAAGUGCUGGGAUGGAAAUGCAAAUAAACGACCUGAAAUGGAUGAGGUGGUGAGAAUGUUGGAAGCAAUUGAUACAAGCAAAGGAGGUGGAAUGAUACCUGAAGACAAAAAUCCGGGCUGUUUCUGUUUUGCCCCUGCUCGCGGUCCUUGAUGUUGUUAUCCUUAUUUGUACCCUGCACCAAAAGAAAUUGAUUGGGUGUUUUUUAUGCCAAAAAGAUGAUCAAAACAAAAGCAAAAGAGAAGGAUGAUAAUUUUUUUUAUCUUAGACAUCCUUUUGAGCUUCAGAUUUGCCUCUUAGUUUGACAAUCCCCCUUUGUUCUUGGAGUGAAUGAGCAAAGAAAGGUUCUAUUAAUUUUACAUCCAAACUGUAUAUGCAGCUUGUGUGUUA